AUGAAGAGCUCUCUUAUCUUUGGAUUGAUCGGCACGGCGGCUGCCGCUGCAAUUUCCGCUCCCGCCGAUGGCUGUGAACCUGAGACUGUCCCCGCCGUUGAUCAGAAAAAGCCCGUGGGAGAAAAGAAUGAUGGGAAGCUGCCUUGGCUGAAGCCAGGACAGUUUUCAGCGAACUGUGGCUCGAGCAUGUAUACCGAUGAGGCCUGCGGCACCAAGAUGUACUGCGAAGCUUUCGACGACAUUGGGAACGUCACCGACCGCAAGUUCACUUCCUCCAAGCAGUGCUUCGCUGCUCACGAGCCCGAGCCUUUGCCUUGGAGAGAGCCAGGACAGUUCGCAAGCCUUUGCGGUUCAAGCAAGUUCACCGAUGAGGACUGCGGCACCGAAAUGUACUGCAAAGCCUUUGAUAACAUCAAGAAUGUCACCGACCGCAAGUUCACUUCCUCCAAGCAGUGCUUCGAUGCUCAUGAGCCUAAGCCCAAGGCCUAA